AAAUAAAUAAAUAAAUAAAAUCAAGUUGUACCAAUUUAAUUUAAUUUGGACAGCACGAACAGCAUGUGAUGAUAAAUAGUCAAUACAUUCACUUAGUGCCAAACAUUUUCCUAUUAUCCCAUGUGAGCCCAGCACACACCCACAUUCCAUUUUCCCCACACAUAAUACUAUAAAUGGCUGCUAAAUAGACGAAACUUGCGUACACCCAACAAAACUCGAAUUUUUUCCAAUGGCAACAAAUGUAAGCUUCCCCUCAUUAGUGGUCAUAUGCAGUUUCUUGAUCAUAGGCCUUUCAUCUGCUGAUUGGAACAUACUGAACCAGAGGAUAGCCAAAAGUGGCCUCCAAAUCACACUGAAGAACUAUUGUGAGAGCUGGAGAAUUAAUGUGGAGCUGCACAACAUUCGCGAUUUCGAGGUUGUCCCUGAGGAAUGCGUCGAGUACAUUGGCAAAUACAUGAGCUCGACUCAGUACAAGGUUGACUCGGAACGGACAAUCGACGAGUGCACGGUUUAUCUUAGUACAAACUGCGGUCUGAAAAAAGAUGGGGCUGACGCGUGGAUUUUCGACAUUGAUGACACGCUCCUCUCGACCGUCCCUUACUACAAGAAGAACGGUUAUGGGGGAAAGAAACUGAACUCAACAUCUCUAGAGGAGUGGAUGAAGCAGGGCAAAGCCCCAGCUUUAGAGUACUCCUUGAGGCUUUUCAAUCAGCUAAAAGGGCUUGGAGUUCAGAUAAUUUUAGUAUCCUCAAGAAGAGAAUGUCUGAGAUCAGCCACCAUUGACAACCUUGUAGAUGUAGGAUACCAUGGCUGGAAAAGUCUCAUUCUAAGGGGUGCAGAUGAUGUGAAGAAGGAUGUUCAGAAGUACAAGGCUGAUGUGAGGAAACAAUUGGGCAAAGAUGGGUAUAGGAUUUGGGGCAUUUUGGGAGAUCAAUGGAGCAGCAUUGAGGGGCUUCCUACACCUAAGAGAUCAUUCAAACUCCCAAAUCCUCUCUACUAUGUUGCAUAAUGUUUCUUCCCUAUUCAAUUGUUCUUUCCUUGAUGAAAUUUUAAAAUUGGGCAUUGAUUCAUCAAGACUCAAGACAUUGUAUUGAAACAAGAAACGCAGUUCAUAAACCAAAUCUUAUC